AUGCAGCGCUCAUUCCUUGUUUUUGUUCUGUGCGCCCUUCUCUUCUGCGUCGCGUCCGCAGAGGUGCAGGUGGCCACUAAGGACAACUUUGACAAGGUCGUAAGCGGGGAUCUCACGUUGGUCAAGUUUUAUGCUCCGUGGUGCGGCCACUGCAAGACACUCGCCCCGGAGUUUGUAAAGGCCGCUGACAUGCUGGCCGGCAUCGCGACCCUUGCAGAGGUCGAUUGCACCAAAGAAGAGAGCCUUGCUGAGAAGUACGAAAUCAAGGGGUUCCCCACGCUGUACAUCUUCCGUAACGGUGAGAAAGUGAAGAUCUACGAUGGUCCCCGCACUGCCGCCGGCAUCGCGUCGUACAUGAAGGCGCAUGUCGGUCCAUCGAUGAAGGCCAUCUCAACGGCUGAAGAGCUGGAGGAGCUCAAGAAGGAGACUUUCCCGGUGUGCGUGGUGAAGACAGCGAGCACCGACUCGGAGAUGGCGUCGAUGAUAACCAAGGUGGCGGACUCUCUCCGCUCGCAGAUGAACUUUGUGCUCGUGACGGAUGCGGCCAUCUCUCCGAAUGAUGCCAUGGAGUCGGUUACGGUGUAUCGCAAGAAUGCGGAGCGCGAGGCGUACACCGGCGCUACACCAAUGACGGCAGAGUCGGUGAAGAGCUUUCUCACGAGUGCUGUGUUGGACUACUUUGGCGAGCUCGGCCAGGAGAGCUUUCAGAAGUACAUGGAAGCGAACAAGGAUAAACCUCUUGGGUGGGUGUUCAUCGACAAGAACACGGAUUCUGCGUUGAAGGGGUCACUUGUGGCGGUGGCGGAGAAGUACCGCUCGCAGGUGUUGCUAACCUACAUUGACGGCGAUCAGUACCGCCCCGUCUCGCGCCAGCUGGGCAUUCCUGAGGAUGCGAAGUUCCCGGCGUUUGUGGUCGAUUUCGAGCGCCGCCAUCACGUGAUGGGGACGGACACCCCAGUCACCUCCGAGUCUGUCGCUGCGUUUGUGGAGAAGUAUGUCAAGGGCGAGACGAAGCAGACCGUGAUGUCCGACGCGAUUCCCGCUAAGGAGACGGUGAACGGCCUCACAACGGUGGUGGGUCAGACUUUUGCGAAGUACACGGACGGCACACAAAACGUGAUGCUGCUCUUCUACGCGCCGUGGUGCGGACACUGCAAGAAGCUGCACCCCGUCUACGAUAAAGUGGCCAAGAGCUUCGAGUCUGAGAAUGUGAUCAUUGCGAAGAUGGAUGCCACGACGAACGACUUUGACCGCGAGAAGUUUGAGGUGUCUGGAUUUCCAACGAUUUACUUCAUCCCAGCCGGCAAGCCGCCAAUCGUGUACGAGGGUGGCCGCACCGCAGACGAAAUCCAGGUGUUUGUGAAGUCUCACCUGACCGCCUCCGCCGCUCCAUCUGGCGGCCCUUCCGGCAACAGCGAAGAGGAAGAUUUGUAG